AUGAGUAAGUACUUCGCACAGUAUACUCAGGACUUCCACGUAAGAGACGGAUGCCUGUGGAUGGACGAGAGGCUAGUGAUCCCUAAUACUUUGCAGACGGCGGUGGUCAUUAGACUCCACUAUUAUCACCACGGGAAAUCCAGCAUGAUCGACGCCGCUAAGGACAUCUGGUACCCUUACAUGUUUCGUAGUCUCGCAACUAUCGCUGGGAAUUGUCCGGAAUGCACAUUAGCGGGUAAGAACUUGAAAAACAUGUGUUCGAAGGACAAUAUAGGGAAAAUACCUGAACCAAAAGAGCCGAAUGAAUCAGUCCAAUUGGAUUUUUGGGGACCCAUUAACUACUUGAAGGAAUCUAAAAAGUAUGUUUUGGUGGCGGUGGACCGGUUCUCUCGAUGGCCAUCAGCUAUGGUCUGUAAUUCGAACCGUUCGGAUAAAAUUAUAAAAUUUUUAAAAGCCUACAUAAUCGCUCAUGGAGUUCCACGCCAAAUCAGAGUUGACCAGGGAACAAACUUUAUGUCUAAGGAAGUUAAAACAUUCUGUCAUGAACAAGGAUUUGAAGUCCUCACUUCGCCAGUGAAUGAUCAUAGAGCAACAGGAUGUGUUGAGCGCACGAUUGGUAGCAUUAAAAAUUCAGUGCUGACGUAUGCGCGGGAGGAUAAACCGGAACCCUUGGAUCGAAUGGUUGAAAGAGCCCUCGGAGCCCUAAGAUUUGUGAAAAACGCAUCCCUCAAUAUAACACCGUUCGAAGCGCACCACGGCCGGGAAGCUAAUACUGUCCUCAGGAACUUGACUAAAAAACCUACGUUACGGAAUCUAAAUUGGGAAAAUGUAAUACGAUCGAAAUAUUAA